GCAUUCAUAAAUUCACCCGCAUCACAUUUCUUUGUCCACUGCUGUUCUCGCCGGGAACAAACCAACCUACCAGGAAAACACCAUUUUUUUUCCUUCCCAUUUUCUCUCCACUUCCUUCCUUUUUCCCCCCUAUCAAAUUAUCAUAUUUUUUUAAUCUCCACAUCUUGGGUUUCUUUUUCGUCGUGUUUGUUUGUUUGUUUUUUGACAUCUGGAGGAGAAGGAGCGUAGAUGAGAACAGGAAAGGGAAGUCAGGAGGAAGAACAGUACGAGGAAGAAGAGUUUGGUUCCAAAAAUCAAGGGCCAUCCUUUAAUCAAACGAUGUCUUUAAACACUAUUAAUAACAACACCAACAAAGAUGGGAAUAACAGUGAUAAGGCUAACGCUAUACGAUCGAAACACUCGGUUACGGAGCAAAGGAGACGGAGUAAGAUUAAUGAAAGGUUUCAAUUAUUGAGAAAUCUAAUUCCGAACCCUGAUCAAAAGAGAGAUACAGCUUCCUUCCUUCUAGAGGUGAUAGAGUAUGUUCAAUAUUUACAGGAGAAGGUUAAAAAGUAUGAGGGUUCAUAUCAGGAAUGGAAUUCUGAGCCAACAAAAUUAAUGCCAUGGAGAAAUAGUCAUUGGCGCGUUCAGAGCUUUGGUGGUCAACAGCAAGCUAUUAAAAAUGGUUCUGGUCUGGGGUCUGCAUUUUCCGGGAAGUUUGAUGAGAAUAACAGCAACAUCGACCCCACAAUGAUUACAGGUUCUCAAAAUCUGGUAGAAUCUGAUUCUCUCAGAGACACAAUGUCCAAAGCUAUGGAUCAGCAACCUGAGUUGAUGAGUUGGAAAAUACCUAUGCCCGUCCAAGGUUAUAACAUGCUUGUGCAUCCCCUUCAGAGAGCAGUAUCUGAGGCUCAAUCGACCGAGUGCUUUAUCGGCAACGAUACAUUGAACCAACUUGAAGAUCUGACCAUUGAAGGAGGAACAAUUAGCAUAUCGAGUGUCUAUUCUGAAGGGUGGGUUAAUCUUCUUUUCUUUUUCGAUCCUCCACAUGUUAUUGAACUCUCUGACACAAGCACUGCAGAGUGCGGGUUUGGAUCUGUCACAGGCCAACAUCUCGGUGCAGAUCGAUCUCGGAAAGCAUGCUAACAGAGAACUAACAUCAGGAACUUCUGCUAAGGAUCCACAGAAUUCCCCCACUCGAGCAAUGACCCAUCUUAGAGAUGUGAGCAAUGGAGAGGAAUCCGAUCAUGCUCAAAAGCGGAUGAAGAAAUAAGAUAGGCAAGUUUAGAAUCUUUUGUUUUGCUCGGUUAUUUUCCUUUUCUGUUUGUUUUGGCUUCAUUUGGGUGAUUGUGUUUGUAUAUGCAUGUGUUUCUGUGGAGUGGUUCCUCAGAUUUCUGUAG